AUGGCACCCUAUCUCGAAUCCGUCAAGAACUUCGCUGAAGUGCCCAUCACUGACGACGGUGUAGACACUGUCGCAUUCUUGGAGGCCUCGGAGGGCCUUGUUGGGUUGUUUGACUUGCUCGGUUCUACGGCCUUCUCCGUCGUCCAGACGGACCUGAAAGGCAACAUCGCGAAAGUCCGCGCACGUUAUAAUGCCACGCCUACAGUCUCGAACACGCUCGAGAAGCUUGUAGAGAACGAGAAAGGGGAGAAGAAGCGUACGGCGACCGAGGGUCUGAUGUGGCUCUUGCGCGGCCUGUCCUUUACUUGCAUCGCACUCCAGAAUAUCCAGGCGAACAAGUCGGAGGAGCUGACGACCGCGUUUGGCAAGUCUUACGACGUGACCUUGAAGAAGUUCCAUAACUUUGUCGUCAAGGGUAUCUUUGCGGUCGCGCUCAAGGCAUGCCCAUACCGUGCCGACUUCUUCACUAAGUUGAGGGCGGACCCCGCCGGCGGCCCGGAGGCUUCUGAGGCCAAGACCGACAUCGAGCUGAACAGGUGGCUGGAUGCUCUUUCUAACAUCGUGAAGCGCAUGGAGGCGUUCUACGAGAAGGGCGGAUACGGCAAGGGCUUCUAG